AAAACGGAGGCAGAUAUCAGUUCCUAUGCUGGUUAUGUGGGUUCUUCAUUCAUGUUUGGCAGAAGUUUAACAUCAAUUCCAUGGGGAAUGUUUGCCGAUCGAUAUGGUCGAAAAUAUGCUAUAGUUAUUGGCCUUGUUGCAGUUGUAGUAUUUAACACACUAUUUGGCCUUAGCACAAGUUUUUGGAUGGCUAUGAGCACAAGAUUUCUUCUUGGAAGUUUGAAUGGUUCACUUGGACCAAUAAAGGCUUAUGCUUGUGAACUUUUUCGAGAAGAACACCAAGCUAUAGCACUCUCAACUGUUAGUUCAGCUUGGGGCAUAGCUUUAGUCAUUGGUCCAGCAUUGGGAGGCUAUCUGGCUCAGCCAGUAGAGAAAUAUCCACACGUUUUUACGAAAGGUUCCUUAUUUGAUAAGUUUCCGUACUUCUUGCCCUGCUUCAUAAUAUCAGCCUUCACACUUGUUGUAUUAGUUGCCUGUAUCUGGCUUCCGGAAACAUUGCACAACCACAAUGUUAGUGUUGAGUCCAAUGAGGAUGCAGAAGCUUUAGAAAAUGAAAUCACAGAAAAGACAGUUCAGAAAGAUGAAAACCUCCUCUUGAAUUGGCCAUUGAUGUCAUCCAUUGUUGUUUAUUGUGUUAUCUCAAUGCAUGAUAUGGCUUAUACAGAGGUUUUCUCUUUAUGGGCAAUCAGUCCUCUUAAGCUGGGGGGUUUGAACUAUUCGACUGAUGAUGUUGGUAAUGUUCUUUCAAUAUCAGGUUUUACUCUUUUGCUCUACCAAAUCUUCCUUUACCCAUCUGUGCAGAAAGUUUCUGGACCUGUAAGACUUGCUCACAUUUCAGCGGCUAUAUCCAUACCUCUCUUGCAAAUUUACCCUUUCAUAGCAUUGUUAUCUGGCUUCACACUGCAUUUAUUGAUAAUUGCUUCUGUCCUAAAGUUCUGUUUCUCUGCAACCAUUGUGACUGGUUUAUUUCCUCUUGCAAAUAGAGCAGUGGAACAACACCAAAGGGGAGCAGCUAAUGGUAUUGCUAUGACUGGCAUAUUAAGUUGGUCACAGAAGAGAUCAGAUGCUUCUUUCCUCCCAGGCUCUCAUAUGGUGUUUUUUGUGCUGAACCUAGUAGAAGCACUUGGGGUGUUGAUGAUGUUCAAACCAUUCCUGGCUGAGAAAAAGAAAACCCCAUCACAACAGUUACAUUGAUUAUAUAAUCUAAGAGUUACAUGUUGCUGCUGAAUCCUGAGGAGAUACAUGAAAGCAAUAAGGUUAGUGAAGUCGGAAGAGAGAAAGAAACAAGGGAAAAUCACACAGAUCCCACACAAGAAUUCUAAUUUCUAAUUACCAAAAAGCUCCACAAAAUGCAAAAAUAACUCUGAAGUCCCAUUGGUUUUAAUUGCAAAUAAGUUUUGGCGUGCAUUUACCAAAAUGUCCGCUUGUAACCAUGGGAAGAGGUUUUUAAUUUUAAAAUAAGGACAUUUUGUUAAAUGCACUUCAAAACUUUUUUUUACAAUUAAAUCUUAUGAGAUUUCAGAGGUAUUUUUCCAAUUUGUGAGACUUUUUGGUAAUUAAAAUUUUUGUGUAAGACCUCAGUGUGAUUUUCCCAAGAAACAAGGACAAAAAUAAUGGAGAGAGGAGUGGCAAGAUCAAGAUCCAUGUGCUUUCUUGUGUUGAGAGAAAAAUCAUGGUGAGUUUUGUUAGUCAUGUUGAUCAUGUAUCCAAUCUAUUAUUGUUGUCUUUUUUUAUAAUGACGGUUGAUUAUCUCUAUGUUUUGAUUAAUUUAAUUGUUGUUUAGAUGUUGAAACUACUUGAUCAUAUUGUACUAUUGGCAUCUACUAUUUGGAGUGAAAUUUAAAACUUGAAGUUG